AUGCAGUAUCCCCAGCCUACGAAUGAAGCGCCGUACCCGCAGGCCAUGCCGAAAGGAGACGGACCUUCGCAAAUGCACUUCAAUAGCGGCCAACCCCACGCCCACGCACCGAACCCGCACGCCCGUCCUUCGUACCCUCACCCUCACCCCUCAGCACACUUCGAACACCCUCACUACCCCUCCUCGACUCCCUUCUCCCGCUUCUGGGGCUGGACGGGCUCGUACGCUGUCCCGCCUCCUCCCGCCGGUCCCGCACUCGGCCCCUACCCUCACCCUCAUCCGCACACGCCUGCGUCGGUGCACCACCACGCCUACUUCCGCCGCUCAUGUCGACCUCGCUCGAGGCUCUUCGUCCCAAUCCUCCUCGUCGUUGGCGGGGUGGUAGCGUACAAGCGUCUGCAGAGGGAUAUCGAGGACGUCCGGACGCAAGCAGUUGACCGCGAGGGCAGGCCGUUGAGGAGUUCGACGGAAAGGAGGUGGGAGGAGUGGAGGGAUCGGGCGGGCGGGUGGCGCGAGAGGGAGGAGGAGAUGAGGAGGAUGAGGGGGGGGAGGGAGGGAGAGGAGAAGUGGGAGGAAAGGUGGAGGGCUGCGAUGAGCCAGCAGCAGCAGCAGCAGAGUCCGGCGGUAGCGGUCGAGCAGCAGAAGGAGCAGGAGAAGUGGGUGUGA